CGGGUGGAUUCCAGUGGGAUCUGAGGGGCAGGCCGGGAAGGGAGAAGGUAGAUGGGGAAAUAACCAACUUUCGGGAUGUUCUUAGGAGAUCUCAGACCUUCCCAGACUGCCCCUGGUUUGGGACUCUGACAUCCUUGGGAACUCCUCUAUGAAAAGACCUAGAUGGCUUCUUGAGUGCUCUGGGAUCUCUGGGGUGGGAGACUGUGCUUGGGAACUAGAAGGUGGUCUCCUGAAGCACUGCAAGGGGCUGGGUGGGCUGCCCUGGGACAGCAGUAGACUCCCAGCUACAUGGUAUCACCCUUUCCUCUACCCGUCCACUCCGCUGCCCUGUCCAGCCAGCUGGGAAGGUUUGGGGGAAGCUAAGGAAUUGAAGACACUGGAUAUAGGGACCUCUGAGAAGUGUUGCAGCAAGAUGGGUUGGGGUGGUGGGUACUAGGUGUUGCCCCCCACUGCUGCGUGUCUUUUUUUGGGCCCAGGAGCGGUAGAGAUCCUCUGCACCUGGAAGGGAGAGGAAGGCAUCCCAACCCCAGCGGAGUUCCUUCUGGCUGGAACGCUUGGCUGAUUGGGAAGUAGGGCAUCGGGAAGCAGGGGAGGAGAAGAGAGUUUCUGGGGCCAUUUGGGCUUUGGGGGAACCUGGACCAGACCCUGGUCCAGUAGGAUGCCCCCGUGUCCUCCCCAGCAGAGCAGGAACAGGGUGAUACAGCUGCCCACUGCAGAGCUGGGCGAGAUGGAACUGACUUGGCAAGAGAUCAUGUCCAUCACUGAGCUGCAGGGUCUGAAUGCUCCAAGUGAGCCAUCGUUUGAGCCCCAAGCCCCAUACCUUGGACCCUCGACACCUCCAACUUACUGCCCCUGCUCAAUCCACCCAGAUGCUGGCUUCCCCCUUCCUCCACCACCUUAUGAGCUCCCAGCGUCCACAUCCCAUGUCCCAGAUGCCCCCUACUCCUAUGGCAACAUGGCCAUACCAGUCUCCAAACCACUGACCCUCUCAGGCCUGCUCAGUGAGCCUCUCUCAGACCCCUUGGCCCUCCUGGACAUUGGGCUGCCAGCAGGACCACCCAAGCCCCAAGAAGACCCAGAAUCUGACUCAGGAUUAUCCCUCAACUAUAGUGAUGCUGAAUCUCUUGAGCUGGAGGGGACAGAGGUCGGUCGGCGGCGCAGCGAGUAUGUAGAGAUGUACCCGGUGGAGUACCCUUACUCACUUAUGCCCAACUCCUUGGCCCCCCCCAACUAUGCCUUGCCACCUACUGAGACCCCUUUGGCCUUAGAGCCCUCCUCAGGCCCCGUGCGGGCUAAGCCCACUGCACGGGGGGAGGCAGGGAGUCGGGAUGAACGUCGGGCCCUGGCCAUGAAGAUUCCUUUUCCUACGGACAAGAUUGUCAACUUGCCGGUAGAUGACUUUAACGAGCUGUUGGCAAGGUACCCGCUGACAGAGAGCCAGCUGGCACUAGUCCGGGACAUCCGACGGCGAGGCAAGAACAAGGUGGCUGCCCAGAACUGUCGCAAGAGAAAGCUGGAGACCAUCGUGCAGCUGGAGCAGGAGCUGGAGCGGCUGGGCAGUGAACGGGAGCGGCUUCUCAGGGCCCGUGGGGAGGCAGACCGGACCCUGGAAGUCAUGCGCCAACAGCUGACAGAGCUGUACCGUGACAUUUUCCAGCACCUUCGGGAUGAAUCAGGCAAUAGCUACUCCCCUGAAGAAUACACACUGCAACAGGCUGCCGAUGGUGCCAUCUUCCUGGUGCCCCGGGGGGCCAAGACGGAGGCCACAGACUGAGCUGGCCUAGAGGGGUGGGACUGGUGAUGGGAAUUUCCUUCAUUACCUUCUGAUAAAGGUACCCCUAACUCUGGGACCCAGAAGGCAACGACAAUGGCAACAAGGUGUUUGGGAGCUCCAAGGUGUGUUUAAAGAGGCUUGCCUUGAGGGAGUGAGGGGAGGGUUGGAAUCUCUUCCCUGACUUAGCCUCUCAGAUCUCCAACCUCCACUUCUUGUCUAAGCUUUGGUCUAUAAAGUGCUCUACAGAAAUA